UCCAUCUUCAUGUGCAAGCUGUGUAACUUAUUUUCCCCGAACCAGUCAGAGCUGCUGUCCCACGUCUCGGAGAAGCACGCGGAAGAAGGGAUUACGGCAGACGACAUCAUUAUUCCGCUCAGGCCUCUUACGACACCCUCCAAUCUGAAUAAAAGCGGGGAAGAGCUUCUCGUAGUGAAGAGGAGAAGAGGUCGGCCCAAAGGAUCGACCAAGAAGUUUUAUGCUGAUGAAGAAUCGGUGGAAAGCAGUUACUGCGUUCCAAACGAGGAUGCACAACCAGGACCCGAAGGAGGAGGAAGAGGAGAACUGGCAGAGGUCUUACCAGGCAACUUGGAGUGUAGGAAGUGCAACCGGAAGUUCUCUAAUUCCCGGCAGCUAAGGAAACACAUCUGCAUCAUGGUUAAACAUGAAGACCUUGAAGACGAAGAUGAUCCAGGUAAUGAUUCUGACGUUGACCUUGACAGGCGGGAAGACGAGCGAGAAAAAGCAUCCAAGAGGCCACGGCUACAGAGAACGGAGAAGAGCCUUUUGGCAAAGGAAGCAGACCAGGUCGCGGGAACGAAAAACCCCAUUAUAAGCGUGGUUUUGACAGCCCACGAAGCUAUUCCAGGAGCUACAAAGAUUGUCCCAGUUGAGGCUGCUUCUCCAGAAACUGAACCAGCAGCCAAUCUGGAGACAUCCACUUCCGACUCAACGCAGCGAAGAGGGUAUCAGGAAUAUGCCAUUCAACAAACCCCCUAUGAGCAACCGAUGAAAUCCAGCAGGCUAGGUGCAACUCAAUUAAAAAUUUUCACCUGCGAAUACUGCAACAAGGUAUUCAAAUUCAAGCACUCCCUACAGGCCCACUUGAGGAUCCACACCAACGAGAAGCCGUACAAGUGCUCCUUCUGCAGCUACGCCAGCGCCAUCAAGGCCAACCUGAACGUCCACCUCCGGAAGCACACGGGAGAGAAGUUUGGCUGCGACUGCUGCCCUUUCACUUGCCUGAGCAAAGGCCACCUGAAGGUCCACGUCGAGAGGGUCCACAAGAAGAUCAAGCAGCACUGCCGCUUCUGCAAGAAGAAGUACUCAGACGUCAAGAACCUGAUCAAGCACAUCAAGGAGGCCCAUGACCUGCUGGACCAGAAAGUGAAGGGCGCCUUCGACGAGCUCCGCCUGAUGACCCGGGAAGGCAAGAGGCAGCUGCUGUACGACUGCCAUGUCUGCGAGCGCAAGUUCAAGAACGAGCUGGACCGCGACAGGCACAUGCUCAUCCACGGGGACGAGAGGCCCUUUGCCUGCGAGCUGUGCGGCCAUGGGGCCACCAAGUACCAGGCCCUGGAGCUUCACAUCCGGAAGCACCCCUUCGUCUACGUCUGCUCCGAGUGCGCCAAGAAAUUCGUCAGCUCUGUCAGGCUCCGCUCACACAUCAGGGAGACGCACCGGGAUUUGCCCGAGCUGUCCGUUUUUAACAGUUCUAUCAAUCAGAGCUUUUGCCUGCUGGAGCCUGGCGGGGAUAUCCAGCAGGAAGCUCUCGGCGAGCAGUUGUCCCAGACAGCUGCCGAACUCUCGCUCUUGAACUCGAAGGCGCUCUGCGUGCCGAAGAAAACCGUUGGCACGGGUGAAUCGGACAACCCCGAGCGAAGCCAUCACGAUAGCUCCGGGGACAAUUUAACUGCCGCUCCUUUAGAACUUACCAUUCCAAACGCCACGGAUCCUCUUUGCCAGCCGUCCACCAACUUGCAAUCCCCAGAUGGGUGCCAGCAUAGCGCUUCAGAUGUCUUUCUUCUGAAAAGUGCUUCAGACGAAGAGAAGUCUCUUCUCGGAAAGGAAGAGGAAACCUUUUGUGAGCACUCGCUAGAGGUACAGUGUGAAGUUAUUCAGCUUCCUGGAGACGAAAAUGCCAUUGUUAACAGCGAUACCCAAGAUCCCCAGUGCACGCCUGAUCCUGCAGAAAAGGGACAAAUGUCUGGGGUUCCAGAGCAGGAAGAUGACACAUCGACGAUGGAAAAGGCAGACCCCUCAGCCCCACUUCCCCUUCUGGAAUCAAAUGCUGCCGCCGGAGAGAAUGCAGAUUCUUUCGCGCCCUCUUCGGAUCAUCGGACUGGAGCUGCGGCUUUUAUGCAGAUCCUGGACAGUUUGCAAAAACGGCAGAUGAACACAGCCUUGUGCGAGAAGAUCAGGAAGGUCUAUGGAGACUUGGAGUGUGAAUACUGUGGCAAGUUGUUUUGGUACCAGGUGCAUUAUGACAUGCACGUCCGCACCCACACCCGCGAGCACCUCUACUACUGCUCCCAGUGCAGCUAUUCCUCCAUCACCAAAAAUUGCCUUAAAAGACACGUCGUCCAGAAGCACAGUAACAUUUUGCUGAAAUGCCCCACCGAAGACUGCGAUUAUUCAACCCCGGAUAAAUACAAGCUCCAGGCGCACCUGAAAGUUCACACAGAGAUGGACAAAAAGAGUUAUGCCUGCCCUGUGUGCGAGAAAUCGUUUUCCGAAGACCGACUUAUAAAAUCACACAUAAAGACAAACCACCCGGAGGUUUCAAUGAACACUAUCUCCGAGAUCGUUGGCAGGAGGGUUCAGCUGAAAGGGCUGAUCGGAAAGCGAGCGGUGAAGUGUCCCUACUGCAAUUUUUAUUUCAUGAAGAACGGGUCAGACCUUCAGCGUCAUAUUUGGGCCCACGAAGGCGUCAAGCCGUUCAAGUGCUCCCUCUGCGAAUACGCCACUCGCAGCAAGAGCAACCUGAAAGCUCACAUGAACCGGCACAGCACCGAGAAGACCCACCUGUGCGACAUGUGUGGGAAGAAGUUCAAGUCAAAAGGCACCCUGAAGAGCCACAAACUCCUCCACACCGCGGAUGGGAAACAAUUCAAGUGCACAGUGUGUGACUACACCGCUGCCCAAAAGCCCCAGCUCCUACGUCACAUGGAGCAGCAUGCUUCAUUCAAGCCUUUCCGGUGUGCUCACUGUCAUUAUUCCUGCAAUAUAUCUGGUUCCCUCAAGAGGCAUUACAACAGGAAGCAUCCCAACGAGGAAUACGUCAACGCAGGUUCUGGCGAACUCGCAGCCGAAGCUCUUCUUCAACAAGGUGGUAUUAAGUGCCCGGUUUGCAACUUUGUGUAUGGUACGAAAUGGGAAUUCAACAGGCACCUGAAAAACAAACAUGGACUCAAACUGAUGGAGCUGGACGGAGAGAUGAAGUGGGAGCCCACUGCAGAAAUUUCUCAGGAAACUGCCACCCAGUAUCUCCACAUCACAGAGACGGAAGAUGCGCAAGGGACUGAGGCGGCAGUUGCUGCUCUGCAAGACUUGCAGUACACCUCGGAAAACGGCGGACGACUCGACCCCACGGCUGUGAACAUCCUACAGCAAAUAAUCGAUCUCGGCUCGGAGCCCCACGACGCGGCCGCCGUCGCCUCCAUGGUUGCCAUGGCCCCCGGAACCGUCACCGUCUUGAAGCAGGUCACGGAAGAGGAGCCGUCCUCCAACCACACCGUCAUGAUUCAGGAAACCUUGCAGGAGGCUUCGGUGGAGCUGGCCGAACAGCAUCACCUGGUCGUCUCCUCUGACGAGGUGGAAGGAAUCGGGACAGUGACUGUCUACACCCAGGGAGGAGAGGCCUCGGAACUCAUUGUGUAUGUGCAGGAAGCCAUGCAGGCAGUGGAGGAGCAAGCGGUGGAAGAUGAACAACUUGCGCAGAAGAUCUAG